GCUCGCGUGGGACCGCAGCCGCGCAGCGGACGUGUCGCGAGUCUUCGAUUUGUCGCAGCAGGGGUGUUCGAGCUCUGAGCUCUGCGCAGCCUGGUUCUGGGUUCGGUCCAACAAAAUUGUAUCGACAUGAACAUCGCGCAUCCAUUGCAACCUUGCGCCCAACAUGUAUAUCCUUAAGCCCUCGUGGCUGCGGCAUAGCGGGGAGCAGAAGGAUUUUGAGGUUUACAGCUGCCACAUCUCGCCCGAUGGCUCGAGACUAGCGACCGCUGGCGGAGAUGGCCACGUCCGGAUCUGGUCGACCGAGGCCAUCCUCAAUGCCACUGACCCGGCAUACGACAAGCCGCGACAGCUCUGCCACAUGAGCCACCACUUAGGCACCAUCCACUCUGUCCGAUUUUCGCCGAACGGCCGCUACCUCGCAUCCGGCGCCGACGACCGAGUGAUCUGCAUCUACCAGCUAGACAGCAAUCCGCCUUCCCUCGCGGCAACAUUCGGCACAAACGAGCCGCCGCCGGUUGAGAAUUGGAAGACACACAAACGCCUCGUUGGCCACGAUAGCGACGUCCAGGACCUCGCGUGGUCCUAUGACAACUCAAUUCUCGUCUCUGUGGGCCUCGACUCAAAGGUGGUGGUUUGGUCCGGUCACACGUUUGAGAAGCUGAAGACCAUUUCCGCGCACCAAAGCCACGUCAAGGGAAUCACAUUCGACCCGGCAAACAAGUUCUUCGCUACAGCGGGCGACGACCGGCACAUCAAGAUCUUCCGCUUUACUCCACCGCCCCCGAACGCGACCCAGCAUGACAUGGUGAACAACUUCGUCCUCGAGACCACUAUCAGCGCGCCCUUCAAGAGCUCGCCGCUUACAACAUACUUCCGGAGAUGCAGCUGGUCCCCGGACGGCAACCACAUCGCCGCGGCCAACGCGGUGAACGGCCCCGUGAGCAGUGUCGCCAUCAUCGAACGCACCAGAUGGGACAGCGAGAUCAACCUCAUCGGCCACGAAGCCCCUACAGAAGUCUGCAUGUUCUCUCCGCGGCUGUUCCACACGCAGAAACCAAGUGGCAAUGCAUCAGGAGAUCGGUCUUCCUCGAGCCUCGUGACAGUCAUUGCCUCCGCAGGACAGGACAAGACGCUGAGCAUCUGGAAUACCAACUCCUCAAGGCCGGUCGUCAUCUUGCAGGACGUAGCAUCCAAGUCCAUCUCCGACCUCGCUUGGACCCCGGACGGCCAGACCCUGUUUACCUCGAGCUUAGAUGGCAGCAUCGUUGCUGUCAGGUUUGAGGAGGGCGAGCUCGGUUGGGUUGCGACCUCCGAGGAGAACGACAAGGCGCUCCAGAAGUUCGGCGGGUCGAGGAAGGGCAUGGGAAUCCCCGAGGACGUCGACGGUCUGCACCUCGAGGAUCACAGCAAGGCAGGAGAGCUGCGCGGGGCGGAGUCGAGGAUGGGCGCCCUUAUGGGAGACUUCCAACCUGCCGACAAGAGCGAGACCCCCAUCACGAACGGCUCGAAGUCGACGCCCAAGGAGGGCGGGGCGCAUGACUCUGCGGGACCACAGGCGAGCAAGGAGGCCCCCAAGACAGCCCCCGCGGAGGAGAGCGCCGAGAAGACGGCGGCGAGGAUAGCCGAACUAAAAUCACGGGUGCAGGUUACCAAGGACGGAAAGAAGAGGGUCGCUCCGCUGCUGGUCUCGUCGUCGGCCACCGGCCUAUUAUCGUUACCCCAGUCGCAGCUGGUCGGCGCCAAGUCCACGAAAUCGACGCAGAACGAGACGCCACAGACGACUCUCGAUCUGUCGAAGCCAUUUCAUGGGCUGCCCAAGGGCGGUAUCGUCUCCAUGCUCCUUGGUAACAAGAGAAAGCCUGUUGCAACGGAGGGCGAGGACGAGGAAGCACCUGCAGCCAAGCGCCCAUCGGCCGGUCCUAUCCCGGUUGUGGUUGACACGGUGGACGGCUUAGAACCGGCUUCUUCAGUACAAGGCGCCUCUGCUCAAGGCCCUGCGCCUACACCGGAGUACCUCCGUCCUGCCAUCACAAACCCGGCCCUUCUGUGCUCCCAGGUCAGGUUAGCCGUCCCCAAGGUUCGGUCCCAUAUCCUCAGACCGCUCGAGAGAGGCGUUCUUCAGGGCGAGUCCAGCCUCGAGGACGCCUCCAAAGUGCCGGAAAACAUCAUUCUCGAAGCUAGAAACCCCGUCAGGCCGCGCGAGCCCUCCCGCAUCGCAGCCACCAAACGCGGCGCUCUCCUGUGGCAGGAUUUCCUUCCACGGGCCAUCCUCCUCGUCACGGGGUCCAAGUACUUCUGGGCUGCCGCGUGCGAGGACGGCUCCGUCCACACCUGGACACCCGCCGGUCGCAGGCUUCUGAACGGCAUCAUCCUCGACUCCCAGCCCGUCGUCCUCGAGUCUCGCGGGCACUGGCUCCUCUGCAUCUCCUCCGUCGGCCUCUGCCACGUCUUCAACAUGAAGACCAUGUCCGCCGCCCACCCGCCGGUCUCCCUGGCUCCGAUCCUCGACAUUGCCAUCACCCCGCUGUCUCUCGAGGGCCCGACCCCGGGUCCGGGCAUCACCUCUGCGCACCUCAACAGCGUCGGCGCCAUCAUCGUCACGCUCAGCAACGGCGACGGCUACUACUACUCGUCGACCAUGUACGCCUGGCAGCGCCUGAGCGAGUCGUGGUGGGCGCUGGGCAGCCAGUACUGGAACAGCAACGACUCGUCCAUCAGCGCGCUCUCUUCGACGGCGGUCGGGCCAGUCGCCGGCCCAAGUAAGAAGGGGUCGGACAAGGCGUCCGGAGAGGACGAGGUCAGUGUGUCGGCCGGCAUCAUACCCUUCCUGGAGCGGCACACCACGACCGAGUUCCUGCUCAAGGGCCGCGCCUACACCCUGCAGCGGCUCAUCAAGACCCUGCUGUCCAAGGACGGGUACGAAGGUCUCGAGAGCACCGUCAGCGUGGCGCACCUGGAGAAUCGCAUCGCGGGCGCCCUGGCCCUCGGCGCGAAGGAGGAGUUCAGGUUGUAUCUGUUCAUGUACGCGAAGCGUAUCGGCGCCGAGGGCCUGCGGGGCAAGGUUGAGGAGUUGCUGAAUAGCUUGACUGGAGGGGUGUUGCAAGAGAAAGGGGGCGAUGCCAAGGAUGGCGGCGACGGCAGGGGGUGGUUUAGCAAGGAAGAGACGCUGUGCGGGUGGGACAGGAGGGAGCUGCUCAAGGGGGUGGUGCUGAUCUUGGGCAAGUUCCGCGACCUCCAGCGGCUAACCGUCCAAUACGCCCGCAUCCUGGGCCUGACUGCGAAUGACGAGGACGGCGGCGAGCGCGAAACAGAGGGAAUGGAUGUGGAGUAGCGGGAUUGCUCGCCGGACAUGACGUUCAGUUGCUCUGUCCGCCUCGCAUAGCCCGCAUCUAACGGCCUCCCCUCUCCCUCUGCAUGCAGCUGGCAGCUCUCUACGCCCGUCCCUGCCCGAGGAAAGCCCCACGCACCCCUCGCCCAAACAAGGCGCGACGGCAAACCUCGACAAUGACAGCGACAGCGACAUCCUGGGCAUUAAGGAAGCCUCGCCCGGCCAGCUGCUUACCGCGGGU